AUGGCACCUUCCCCGCCCCUCAUCAUCACCACCGACCUCGACGGGCCGCCCCCCGCCCCGGUCACCGCAUCGCCUUCCACCCCGUCAAGACAUAGACGCCAACAAUCCGAAGUCAGCGACCCCGGCCACCUCUCCCCAUCGCACGCUACUGGCGGCCCAUGGACCCCAGGCCACUCGCCCUCGCCUAGCGCGUCUUCGGUCCUCACCCCGCCGUCGCCCACGUUAACCAGCACCUCGAGCGUCCACUUUUCAGAAGAGUUACCCACCCCGAGCUCUGAUGUUGGUGGCAGCAUUGCCCGUGUCGCUGGCGACAAUGAGCUCCUCGCCCCCAUUGGCGAGCACGGCGACGCCUCCAGCCCUUCGACCCCGACCCACAAGAAGAACUGGAGCGUCGGCACCUGGUCGUCGCGCGACCUCUCCCCUACUGUCACCAACGACACCAGUGUUGAUAAGAAGGAGAAGAAGGACAAGAAGGACAAGGCAAAGAAGCACGAACCUCCCGAGAUGGCCCACCUCGACCCCUCGAAGGACACGACAGACCCCACGCCGUUCCGUGAGAAGCCGUCGACCCUCGCCAUGCUCGUCGACCCCAAGUCGCUCGACGAGUUGGAAAAGAUUGGUGGUGUCAACGGCCUGCUCGAAGGUCUGGGUGUCGACCCGUCAAAGGGUCUGAACACUGCCCCUGUCGCAGGCCAUCCCGACCACGACGGCAGAGCGCCCCGCUCUUCCGGCGAGCUUGCUGCGGGCGGCGGUGCCCAGUACCGCGCGAGCAUCGAAGACAGGCGCAAGGUGUACGGACGCAAUGACCUGCCCGAGCGCAAGAGCAAGAGCUUUUGGCGUCUCAUGUGGGAAGCUUUCCAGGAUAAGAUUCUUAUUCUCCUUACCAUUGUCGCUAUCAUUUCGCUUGCGCUUGGACUGUACCAAGACUUCAAGCCCGGUCCCCAUGAGGUCUUCCACGACGAGGGUUGCCCGCCCGAAGGAUGUCAGAUGCCCAAGGUCGACUGGGUCGAGGGUGUCGCCAUCUGUGUCGCCAUCAUCAUUGUCGUCCUCGUCGGCUCGGUUAACGACUGGCAAAAGGAGCGCCAGUUCAAGAAGCUCAAUGCCAAGCGCGAUGACCGUACCGUCAAGGUCCUCCGCGGCGGCAACGAAAUGGUCAUCAACGUUCAGGAACUCGUCGUCGGCGACAUUGCCCUUGUCGAGCCCGGAGAAGUCAUCCCCGUCGACGGUGUGUUUGUCAGGGGUCACGGCGUCCGGUGCGACGAAUCGGCUGCCACUGGCGAAUCCGAUACGAUCAAAAAGUCGACCUAUGAAGAGUGCCUCGCUGAGCGUGCCAAGCUCGGUGAGGGCAAGACCCUCAAGACCGACUGUUUCAUGCUUUCGGGAUCAAAGGUCCUCGACGGUGUUGGCGAGUAUGUCGUGAUCGCCGUCGGCACCACAUCCUUCAACGGUCGUAUCAUGAUGGCCAUGCGCACCGACACGGAAUCUACGCCUCUGCAGCUCAAGCUCAACCACCUCGCGGGCCUGAUUGCCUGGUUCGGCGGUAUCUCGGGUAUCUUUCUGUUUGUGGCGCUCAUGAUUCGCUUCUUCGUCCAGCUCAAGGGCAUGAAGAGUCCCAGCGAUGACAACUUGCCCGCAACGCCAAACGACAAGGCCAACGUGUUCAUCAACAUUCUCGUCAUUUCAUUCACCCUCGUGGUCGUCGCAGUGCCCGAAGGUCUUCCCCUUGCUGUCACCCUCGCAUUGGCCUUUGCUACGAAACGCAUGACGGCGCAAAACCUUCUGGUCCGAGUCCUUGGCGCAUGCGAGACCAUGGGCCACGCCACGGUCGUGUGCACGGACAAGACGGGUACCCUUACGCAAAACGUCAUGAGCAUUGUCGCUGGUUCGCUCGGCGUCCACGGCAAGUUUGUUCGCAACAUGGACGAGAACAUUGAGCGCUCGAUUGCCGACACCGAGGACCACGACCAGGCCGACUUUUCGUUUGACAUGAACGAGAUGAACGAGGUCGCUUCGCCGGAACUCAAGACGCUCUUCAACGAGGCCAUCUGUGUCAACUCGACGGCUUUCGAGGACGUCAUUGACGGCGAGGAUCAGUUUGUUGGCUCCAAGACCGAGACCGCUCUUCUCCGCUUCGCCAAGGAGCUGGGCUGGGAGAACUACAAAAAGGUCCGCGACUCUGCCGAGAUUGUCCAGAUGAUUCCCUUCUCGUCCGAGCUCAAGGCAAUGGGCGUUGUUGUCAAGACUACGGCCGGCAAGUACCGCCUGUACAUCAAGGGCGCUUCCGAGGUUCUUGCCAAGAACUGCACCCGCUACGUUGUCGUUUCUCCCACCACUGUCCCUGGCAUCGAGACUGCCGCGUUCAACGACGCUACAAAGAACAACAUUGCCAAGACCAUCAUCUUCUACGCCGACCAGACCCUCCGUACCCUCGCCAUUGGCUACCGCGAGUUCGAGUCGUGGCCCCCCAAGGGCACGCCCGAGGGCACUGGCCCCGACCAGGUUCCCUUCACCCUCCUGUCCCGCGACUUGACGCUUAUCGCCGUUGUCGGUAUCGAGGACCCUCUGCGCCCCGGUGUCACCCAGGCCGUUGCCGAGUGCCAGCACGCUGGUGUCGGUGUCAAGAUGGUUACUGGUGACAACGUCCUUACUGCCCGUUCAAUUGCCCGCCAGUGUGGCAUCUUCACUCCCGGCGGCAUCGUCAUGGAAGGCCCUGUCUACAGAAAGCUCUCGGACGCCGACCGCCUCGAGAUCUCGCCCCGUCUUCAGAUCCUUGCCCGUUCGUCGCCCGAGGACAAGAAGCUUCUCGUCAAGACCCUCAAGUCUAUGGGCGAGAUUGUCGGUGUCACUGGUGACGGUACCAACGACGGUCCCGCACUCAAGCUCGCCAAUGUUGGUUUCGCCAUGGGUAUCGCCGGUACUGAGGUUGCCAAGGAGGCUUCCGACAUCAUCCUCAUGGACGACUCGUUUGCAAACAUUGUCGUCGCCGUCAUGUGGGGACGCUGUGUCAACGACUCGGUCAAGAAGUUCCUCCAGUUCCAGCUUUCGGUCAACGUCACUGCGGUUCUCAUCACCUUUAUUUCCGCCGUCUCUUCGGAGAAGGAGAGCUCGGUGCUUACGGCUGUCCAACUGCUGUGGGUCAACCUCAUCAUGGACACGUUUGCUGCUCUUGCUCUUGCCACCGACCCCGCCACCCGCAAGUCGCUUGACCGUCCUCCUGAGCGCAAGAACGCCCCGCUUAUCAACGUCGACAUGAUCAAGAUGAUCAUUAUCCAGGCCAUUUACCAGGUUAUUCUCUGUCUUGUCCUCCACUUCCGUGGCCACGACAUCCUUAACCUCACCCACACGCCCCGCAACGACGCCCGCCUUCGCGCCCUCGUCUUCAACUGCUUCGUCUUCUGUCAGAUUUUCAACAUGAUCAACUGUCGUCGCCUCGACCGCAAGUUUAACAUUUUCGAAGGCAUGUUCAAGAACAUUUGGUUCAUGACCAUCCUUGCCAUCAUGAUUGGUGGUCAGAUCCUCAUCAUGUUUGUUGGUGGUGCCGCCUUCCAGGUGACCCGUAUCACUGCCGCCCACUGGGGUGUUUCGAUCGUCUCCGGCUUCCUGUCCAUCCCCAUUGGUGCCAUUGUGCGCAUUCUGCCGACCAAGCCGUUCGAGAAGGCCCUCAUUGCCCUGCGCGUCUACCCCGACCCCGCCAAGCUCGCCCUUGUCGACCCCGAGGACGUGGACGACGACGAGUCGGACGACGGAUACACGUACAACCCUACUCUGGAGAAGGUUCGCGACAACCUCGCCACGUACGCCCGCUUCCGCGGUGGCCGUAUUCGCGCUUCGGCUGUCGCCAAGGGCUCGAGCUACAAGGCCAUGAAGAAGGAGGGCGUCCAGCUCCAGAACCUCAUGGCCAUGAUCCCCGCCCUCGUCGGUGGUGCCAUUGGUGCCGGCGGGACCUGGGUCAUGCCGACCAACACUGCCGGUCUUGCCAACCCCGCGCGCCACGAGCCGAGCAGAUCCACUGCGGACCUGUACGCGGGCCGUGUCCAGCUGCACCCGGACACGGACCCCAACGACCCCCUAUACGCCAAGUUUGGCCUCGAGCCUCCAUCGCCCUCGGGCUACACGUCGCCCAAGACGCCCCUUGGCCCCGUUUCCCCUUUGGCUUCGCCGGCGAAGCCCAAGCCUUAGACUGUCUCCUGCCCGGAAAGAUAAUGUAUAUUUGACUUUUAUACACGACGACGUGCCCGUGUGCGUCUGCCGGUUGUCCACCACAUAGAGUUUUGGAGAAUGCACUGCAUGAUGAAGCA